AUGUCCUCCACCUCCACUCUCAUAUCCGCAGUAGGGGUCGUGUGGAGAUAUGCCUGGUUUUUGGCGUUUCGUCCAUUGGCCAUCCUCGUGCUGACGGGUGCAACCAUAUCCCUUAUUCGAUCUGGUGUCUCACUUUGCAAGGAUAUUCCCUCUAUGGCCUAUGAGAUAUUCAUGUGGUUCACCUCCUAA